CGCCGGAACGCGGCGGCCGCGGCCCGGGAGGGGAGCCCCAGCCGCUGCCCGCCGGGGUCCGCGCCCGCUUGCCCUGCGCCCUGCAGCUCCGCCGCGCCGUCGCCAUGGCCCAAGCCGACAUCGCGCUGAUCGGACUCGCCGUCAUGGGCCAGAACCUGAUCCUGAACAUGAACGACCACGGCUUCGUGGUGUGUGCCUUUAAUCGGACCGUGUCCAAGGUGGACGAUUUCUUGGCCAAUGAGGCCAAGGGAACGAAGGUGGUGGGCGCCCACUCCCUGGAGGAGAUGGUGUCCAAGCUGAAGAAGCCCCGGAGAAUCAUCCUGCUGGUGAAAGCUGGCCAGGCCGUGGAUGAUUUCAUCGACAAGUUGGUACCGCUACUGGAGUCUGGCGACAUCAUCAUCGACGGAGGAAACUCUGAAUACAAGGACACCACCAGGCGGUGCCGAGACCUGAGCGCCCGGGGCAUCCUGUUCGUGGGCAGUGGCGUGAGCGGCGGCGAGGAGGGCGCCCGCUAUGGCCCAUCGCUCAUGCCAGGCGGGAACAAAGCCGCGUGGCCCCACAUCAAGACCAUCUUCCAGGAGAUCGCCGCCAAAGUGGGCUCCGGGGAACCCUGCUGCGACUGGGUGGGGGACGAGGGCGCCGGGCAUUUUGUGAAGAUGGUGCACAAUGGCAUCGAGUACGGCGACAUGCAGCUCAUCUGCGAGGCCUACCACCUCAUGCGGGACGUGCUGGGCCUGGGGCAGGACCAGAUGGCUCAGGCCUUUGAGGAGUGGAACAAGACGGAGCUGGACUCCUUCCUGAUCGAGAUCACCGCCAACAUCCUCAAGUUCCAGGACACCGACGGCAAGCACCUGCUGCCGAAGAUUCGGGACAGCGCGGGGCAGAAGGGCACCGGGAAGUGGACGGCCAUCUCGGCCCUGGACUACGGCGUCCCCGUCACGCUCAUCGGGGAAGCUGUGUUCGCUCGGUGCUUGUCCUCCCUGAAGGAUGAGAGGGUCGAGGCCAGCAAGAAGCUGAAGGGCCCCCAGAAGACCAGCUUCGGAGGGGACAAGAAGGCAUUCCUGGAGGACAUCCGGAAGGCCCUCUACGCCUCCAAGAUCAUCUCGUACGCGCAAGGCUUCAUGCUGCUGCGGCAGGCGGCCACCGAGUUCGGCUGGACCCUCAACUACGGCGGCAUCGCCCUCAUGUGGAGGGGCGGCUGCAUCAUCCGGAGCGUGUUCCUCGGGAAGAUCAAGGAAGCGUUUGAGCGGAACCCGGCGCUUCAGAACCUGCUCCUCGACGACUUCUUCCGGGCGGCCAUCGAGCAGUGCCAGGACUCGUGGCGGCGGGUGGUGAGCACUGGCGUGCAGAUGGGCAUCCCCAUGCCCUGCUUCUCCACGGCGCUGUCCUUCUACGACGGCUACCGGCACGCCCUGCUGCCCGCCAACCUCAUCCAGGCCCAGCGCGAUUACUUUGGGGCCCACACCUACGAGCUCCUGUCCCGGCCGGGGCACUUUGUCCACACCAACUGGACAGGCCACGGGGGCAGCGUGUCUUCCUCCUCCUACAACGUCUGAGUGGUCGGGGCCCCCCGCCCCCCCAGCAGAACAUUCCGUGGCCUCUGUCCACUCUCGCUCCUGUUUUUCCAAUAAAGCCCCUGAGAGCCCGGAGCCGUCCUGUGUGGCGGGUCCGUCCAGCGGGCAC